AUGGCCUUCGAUCUGCCGCCUCUGCGGAUUGCUCUGUAUUUUACUUUGGGCUUAUUUUCGUUCAUACUCUUCUGUCUCAGCGCAGCGAGGAUACACUACACAACCCAUCUCCCUGCGGGCGAUCCUCUGAAUGGGGGGCACAAUUUCUAUGACCCUGUCAUCGCCGAGCUGAUAUUCACGACCUUGAUAACAAUGGGUUGGUGUAUAUACAUCAUCUUCGUUAUCCACAAACGGAUCGACGACCGGCCCGUGACACUCUUCCGGGAUGAGAUGAUUGGACUGGGAGUCCUUUGGCUGUUCUGGCUCAUAGGUUCCGCCGUUGCAUCGUCCAUCUGGGGGAACCUAGGAUUCUGCCAACAAUUCGGCGCGUGCCGUCUCCUCUCCGCCCUCCUCGCAUUUGCGUGGCUGGGAUGGAUCAUCCUUUCUGUGUUACUAGUCCUGAGUAUCCUGUUCUCAUUUGCGAAUGGGGCUCUUAUGGAGCCGCUGCAUGGACGGUGGGACCCAAGGGCGAGCAGAUACAGGGACAGUCAUGCAACGUUCCCAGGCAGGCCCAUGUCUACUGCUUGA